CGGAUUUCUCAACAGGAAGAAGAGCAGCAGGAAACGUCAGCCAACAGACAUGGCCACAGGAGUGGAUCAAGCAGCUGGCAUGAGUCUGGUCAUAUUCAGCCUCCUGCUGUUUACAUACUACUCUGUCUGGGUCAUCAUCCUGCCUUUUGUGGACAGUGAUCAUGUUCUGCACAAGUAUUUUCUUCCUCGGGAGUACUCAGUCAUCCUGCCGGGCAUUGCAGCGGUGAUACUGCUCCUGUGUAUAGGAGCGUUCACUGCAGUUAUCAUGUGGAAGAAUCGCAAGCCAAAGAAAGUGGACUAAUCUCAGCCUGUUUGAGUGACUGUUGUGGAUUUAAGUGUGAAAAUAGCCAUGAUGCUAAACCCUCUCUGGCGUCCCUCUAAACAAAAUCAUACCUCCAUCCUCUAAUUCUGGUUACUGGACAGCUCAUGGUUACAAAAUUCUUUUUGUAAAAAAGGAAGUUUCCUGCAAUUUAUUCUGUAUUCUGGCUCUAUAUCGCUUCAGUUUGAAUUGAUAAGUAAAAAUCAGCUACUGUGUUUUAAAGCUGAGUCAUAUUUGAAUAUCUUGGACUUGGGUAGCAGUAUAGAACAAGACAUUGAGAAUGAAUUUGCGUAAAACAAAAAGUAGACGGCACCAAUAGCCCUAUUCUCAUGGGAGUAGCAUUACGUGGGGACCUUUGGUAACUUGUUAUAAUUGUGGAGAAUGUCUUUGAUUUUAAUCUCGUGCAAUUCGGCCAUGUCCGUAAUUUGUAAAGUAAAAAUUCCAGGGGGAAAUUACCUACCAUAUCUUGGCAAAAACAGAGGUCAUGGGAUAAUAUUAGUCCCAUGUGAAUCGGCAUCUCUUUGAUUUAGCUGCAAUUUUGGGUUGUUUUGUUUGUUUGUUUAUGUGCAGGGUAAUAAUGUCACUAAUUUGGUUAAAAUACAGACAUCCCUUAUCCCAUGCGAAUGUGCCCAUGAAACACAGACGUAGGGGAGUAAUAUUUUUACUUGAGGUCCUGUUGUGUAGUGUUUAGAUCAGUCUCUGUGUUCUCUCCUCUCAUGGGCAUUUCAUGCUGUUAACAGGAAUUUAUCAUCUGAAGGGUUAUGUCAUAUUUAACAGACCAAUACAAUUUCAUCAAGAUCCAAUAAAGGAUCCCUCAGACCAACUACUGCAAAGGGAGAGUUUGGUUCAGUGUCUUCAGCUCAGUAGACUGAUGUCACUUUUAUCUGUUCAGACCGUAUCGGCCGAAAUUUAAGACCACCUUGAUUAUAAGAAGACUCCCUAGGGCAGGUUAACAUGGUACAUUAGCCACCAAAAACUCCUGCAGGUUUGACUGGGCUAACUGAAUACUAAGAAAUUAACUCUUGAAUGUACGUUUAGAAGAGAACGGCUCUACUAAAAACGGAAAAGUCUUUCCUUUGCGUUUUUAAAAAGGUCAGCGUUCAUAUAAUAACAUUGUGAAAACGAAGACCAUGAGAAAAUCAUGUGAGAGAACUGACAGCAUUAAUAACCUCACACAGCUCGCUAGUCCGCCGUUGUUGAUAUUGUAGUGCUCGUAUUUGUGCAUGGCUAUUUGUCUGAAACAUAAUGCUCAUGCACAAAGUGCGGUCAUGACUUCACCAUUCUCAAAGUAUCCACACAAAUUGCCAGUUUACACAGCAACAGAGGAGGUUUCGCUUUCAAAAAAGAUGCACUGUAAACUGAAUGAAGGAAACUCGCUCAUCCAGCAACAUAAAAAAAUAUUUUGCCAAUUUUGAACCAGCUUUGUAUCAUAACAAUGGGCUGGUAUGUUUUAAUGAGCUGUGGUAAACUUGCAUCCAUCAAACCAGCUUGUUGCUCGUUUGGGCUGUUGCUCAAACUGCAGAUUGUACAUCUUCAUUUUUGUAUGCCUGCCUCUACCACAGACACAAAGUGUACAUAAAUGGAUCAAGAGAGAGGCAUCUCUCUCUUGAUCCACUCCUUUCUCUUAAACUCAGACCAAACUCUGGUCAAACUGUAAAACUAGGCCGUGUUGAUA